AUGGAGGAGGAGGAAGCAACACAACAAGCAACCCAGCCGCUCCCCGGCCACGAAGGUGAGCCACCAUCGAACGCAACUGAUUACACUGGCGUUUUAUGUCUCCUCCAUCCGGCGUCUACCCAGGCAUGUGCGGCUGUGGAACAUCUAUCACGUGACGGCAGCGACACAGCAAUACCAGAAGCGAACGGAGAGGACGAGGACGAGCCGGCUACGCAGCUAGCAACGCCCGGCCAGGUACAGAGUGAUGUGGGACUAGAUAUUGCGCUACGGUUAUCGCCGGGACCUAAGGAUCCGACAUUGGGAUUUGUGUUUGGUAGAAAUCCACAUAGAUGCGAUAUCGUGAUUGGGGAGACGCAAAUGUCACGGAGGAUAUCGAACACCCAUUUCCGCAUCUUUCAGAACCCGAAGGGCGUGCUGAUGCUGGAGGAUUUCUCGAUGAAUGGGACGUGGGUGGAUGGGGUUAAGCUAGGUGGAAAGAAUCCCCCUGACGGAGGGCAUGGGAACGGCAACACACAUGCAUUAUUUGCUGGGAGUAUAAUAUAUAUGGCGCCAGGGGAAGAGAUCAUGAGAUUUCUAGUUAAGAUUCCGAGCCAAUCCGGGAGCCGCAUUUGUUCUGCGGGGGGAACGCCAGGCAUCUCAUUUGGUAUUGAUCCCGGCCCAGCUCCUUUGCCAACUACGCCGAGACUGCCCCAUCUUCGUGGUAAUAAAAAGUAUCCACCGUCACCGGGCAACAAUAAAAAUCUCGCGGCCAUUCGACGUGGAGGGGCGCCACUGCGAGAUGACGAGAAGCAUAGCUCAGUAGCCAUCACGACCGAUCCUGGAUGGGAUGGAGGUGGUACAUACAAGAUUAUGGAAAUCAUUGGCGCCGGAGCAUUUGCAACUGUAAAGAGGGCUGUCAUCAAGAAGACUGGUGAAGUUUUCGCGGUCAAGAUGAUUCAGAAACGAGCUUUUGCAAACCAGGCUAACGGUGGGAAAACUUCCGGUAUGAGGAAAGAAGUAGAGAUCUUGCAGAAGUUGAACCACCCCAAUAUUGUCAGCUGCUCCGCUUGUUUUGAGGACCCAGCGCACAUCUAUAUCGUCAUGGAGUAUGUAGGAGGGGGUGAUCUUAACCAGUAUCUCAAGAGGAAUGAGUACAUGCCGGAAGAUAUGGUCCAGGAGGUUUCGCGCCAAGUCCUGAAUGGUAUCAAGUACGUUCACUCGAUGCGUAUUUCACACCGAGAUCUUAAGCCAGACAACAUCCUCAUAGCCUCCGAAGAGCCAUUGAUGAUCAAGAUUUCCGAUUUCGGUCUUGCCAAAAUGAUUCAAAGUGAGGAAACAUUCUUGAAAACCUUCUGUGGUACAAUGCUCUACCUUGCGCCAGAGGUCUACCCCGGCUACGCAACAGCAAUGGUGGUCGGCGGGGGCAGUUUCAAACGUAAACGAAAUCCUAGGGAAGACGCCGGGCGCGAAGAUGCUCUCGGCGCAAAAGGCAGAAGACGAUACAGCGAGGCUGUCGACAUGUGGAGUCUUGGCUGUGUCAUCCAUAUGCUGUUAACCGGAAAACCAGCAUUUGAAGGCAAGAACCAGGACGACAUGCUGAAACUCAUUUUGAGAGGCUUUAGGAAUACCGCACAUCUCGAUAGGGUUCUGGGUCGGGGAUGCGAUGUUGUCAAGGAUUUUUUAGGGAGGUUACUGCAGGUUGAUCCCAUUAACCGAAUGAUGGAGGCAGAGGCCUUGGAUCAUGAGUGGUUGAAGAUGGGGAGCGAUCGCUCAUCAUCCAGUAUGGAGGAGGAUCAAGAAGAUGAAAUAUGCCACGAAGGUGAUAGUGGGUAUCACAUGGUGGAGAAACAGCGUGAGGAAUGGACUAAAAUACCAUCAUUAAUUCCAGGUAAAUGGGUGGACUCUGUGGGAGUAGAUGAGGAUGCAUCUGACGGAAAGAGUCCUCCCCCCAAGCCGGAAGACGAUGCCCUCUCUGGUGCUGUUCGAAAAAUGAGCUUUCAAGCAAUGCACUCGCUGAGAAAGGACCAAGCGGAUGAUUCAAUUGGUGGUUCUUUCCUCUCUGUAGAUAAUGCCGAUGCCGAGUCUCAGGUUGGUAGUAGGAUGUUUCACCCUCCUCCAGAUAUUUCUAUUAGGGGAUGCUCUAGUGAAUCACCCGACGACAAUGCUUCGAUGUACUUGACCGCCUCCGUGGGACUUCCAAAUAACAACGUGUCGACAUCCGAAGAGGCACCGGCGGUGUAUGAUAGGCAGGCCGAGUUUGCUAGCCAAGCAGUACCAGGAUCAGAAGUUCGCGCCGUGGAAGAUUCCGUUGCCGGUACUGCAGCUUUGGUAGAUAAGCUGAGACAGCAGCAGACAAACGGGCAAAGCCAGGUUCCUCCAGCGAAAAGUCCCGCCGCAGAGGCUUCCAACUUCUCGUCCUUCGAUGACCCAGCCGUAGUCUAUUCUACACCAUAUUCAACACAGCUAAUAAUGAAAACCACCUUCCACUAUCCCAGCCAUCCCAAUCUCCCGCUGUCCCAGCCAUGGAAUGUCCAGCUGGAGCCAAAGAACUUUAUCAAGCCUAAAAUGUCGUGGGGAAAACUUGUGCCCAUCGAAGGAUCCGUCCCCUAUAAAACCAUAUACCUGAACCGACAGACGAUCCGCAUCGGCCGCUCCUCGAGCUGCACCUACACCCACCCAGACCCGCGGAUCUCCAAGACACACCUCGGACUGAUGCUGGCCAUACCAGGCGUGUCCUGCCAACCACCCGAUGAUAACAACUGGCGGCCGCAGACACAUAUGAAGGCUUGGAUCAAGGUCUGGGGAACUAACGGAUGCCGCCUCAACGGUAGGAAGAAGAGGACGAACGGUAUCGCAAGGGUAUAUAAUGGGGAUGUAAUCCACCUCUACUGGGAUUCGAGUAGUAAAGAUGAUUUCCUCGCCUUUCGGUGCGAGUUCACAAUCGGCAGCCACACGAGGUAUGAGCCAGAGAUAAGCGACGAAGACACGGGCGUCAGAGAGAAGGCGGCGGUAAAUGCGGAACGCGGGAAUCAUAUGGCUACCAGCAUGGCCACUACUAUGCCGAUUGAGAGCUCAUUUGAGGCGUGCCUUCAGCGGUCUAGCGAGCGGUCCAGCGAGGGGUCUAGUGAGCGAUCUAGCGAGGAUGUCGAGUGA